CCGCCUUGCCAUCGCGUCUGAGCUGGGAGACGCGAGCCGCGGCUGUCUCCUCUUGGGCCUCGCGCGGGCGGCGGGGCCGCGCAUGCGCCACCCAGAGGCGUGGGCGGAGCGCAUGCGCGUUGGGGUCCCCGGAGGGGCGAAGGCCGCGGAGGAAGGCUACGGCGGCUGCGCCGCGGGCGGGAGGCGCAUGCGCAGGCGGAGCCCGUGAGGGGCGGGUGCGGCGGUUGAGCGAGUUAGCGGCCGCGGGUGGUGGGGGGAGGCGGCCGCCCGCCCCCAUGCAGGAGAUGAUCGAGAUGGCGGCGGAGAAGGAAACGUUCCUGGUCCCGGCCCCGCCGCCGCCCCUCAAGCCCCCGCCCGCGGCGGGGGGAGGGGGCGGCCCCCUGGUGCAGCUGCACCAGGAGGCCGCCUCGGCGGAGCUGCACGAGGAGGCCGCCCCGGCCAAUCAGCGCCGCGAAGGGGGCGGGGCAGGCGGCCGGCGCGGAGGCGGCCCCCUGGUGCAGCUGCACGAGGAGGCCGCCCCGCUGGGGCAGCGCCGUGGCGGGGGCGGCCCCAAGGAGGACGACGGCGUGGGCGAGCUGCAGCGGCCUCGCAACGGCUUCCAGCGGCCUGCCGGGGGCAAGCGCCGCAACAGCUGCACCGUGGGGACCAAGCACCCGGCCUCCAAGCGCCGGCGCCGGGUCAACUCCGAGUGCGACCCGGUGCUGCCCUCCCAGUUCCUGCUGGGGGGCAACAUCUUCGACCCCCUCAACCUCAACAGCCUGCUGGACGAGGAGGUGAACCAGGCCCUCAACGCCGAGACCCCCAAGUCCUCGCCGCUGCCGGCCAAGGGCCGCGACCCGGUGGAGAUCCUCAUCCCCAAGGACAUCACCGACCCGCUCAGCCUCAACGCCCAGGACGGCGACGCGGCCCUGGUGCUGGCCUCGCCCUUCAAGGCGGGCCGCAAGCGCCACCGGCACCGGGGCCAGCAGCGGGGCGGCGGGGGCGGGGACUGCAAGCCGGCCGCCUGCAAGGCCUGCGACGCCGCCUGCCCCACCCCGCAGCCCUACGAACUCAACACCGCCAUCAACUGCAGGGACGAGGUGGUCUCCCCGCUGCUCCCCCUGGCCGCCGAGGGGGCCGGCUGCCUCACCCCCUCUUGCGCCGCCUUCUCCGGCGGCCGCCACCACCACCGCAAAAGGCGCCGGACUAGCAGCAAAUCGGAGGCGGCCGGGGGGCCCAAGCUGCCGCCGCCUCCCCCCACCCCGGGCGGGGGCAAAGGCGGGGGCCAGCCGGGCAAGAGCAGCCCGGAAAAGGGCAAAGGGGCCGGGCGGCACCAACAGGCGCCCACGGCCAAGCGGAGGCGUCAACAGAGGAAGUUCCAGUACGGCAACUACUGCAAAUACUACGGCUACCGGAACCCCAACUGCGAGGACGCCCGGCUGCGGGUCAUGAAGCCCGAGUGGUUCCAGGGCAAAGAGGUGCUGGACCUGGGCUGCAACGUGGGGCACCUCACCCUGAGCGUGGCCAAGAAGUGGAAACCCGCCCGGGUGGUGGGGCUGGACAUCGACGGGGCCCUGAUCCACUCGGCCCGCCAGAACAUCCGCCACUACCUGUCCGAGGAGAUCCAGCAGCGGCAGGACGACGAGGAGGAGGGAGCCGGCCCCAAGAGGCGGAGGGGCUGCUUCCCCGCCUCGCUGGCGGCCAGCAGGGGGCCCAUCGCUGCCCCCCGGGUGCCCCAGGACGGGACUGGGGCCGCCGACUUCCCCGACAACGUGAUCUUUGUCCGGGGGAACUACGUGCUGGAGCGGGACGAGCUGCUGGAGACGCAGGGUGCCGAGUAUGACGUGGUGCUGUGCCUCAGCCUCACCAAGUGGGUGCACCUCAACUGGGGGGACGACGGCCUGAAGCGGCUCUUCAAACGCAUCUUCCGCCACCUGCGGCCCGGCGGCCUCCUGCUGCUGGAGCCCCAGCCGUGGUCCUCCUACGGCAAGCGCAAGAACCUGACGGAAACCAUCUACAGAAACUAUUACCGCAUCCAGCUGAAACCGGAGCAGUUCCCCUCCUACCUGACCUCCCCGGAGGUGGGCUUCUCCAGCUGCGAGCUGGUGGCCCGGCCCUACAACAGCUCCAGAGGCUUCCAGCGCCCCAUUUAUCUCCUUCACAAAGGCCACCCUGCCGCCCACUGAGGGAGAAGCGGCCGACGCUCGGGCCCGGAGCCCCCCCGUUUUUUUUGGCUGCAUUGGAGGACAGCUGGGCUGAGCCUGUCGGACUGGCAGCCGGGCCCCGCGAGCGGCAGCUCCCCAGGUGCCAGCGGGCGCACGGCCCG